CAAUUACCAGUUUCACGGAGCUACCUCUGAAGUCUCGGGCUUGCCUGCUUCAAGGUACUGCUGUCUACCUACAUUUGGACCGAUAUCGCGGAAGGCGCCGCAGGAAGGUCCAGGCCCUCAACCAUGACCCGAGACAUAGUGCUCGGAGAUGAACUUCCUGAUUGGGUGGGAGCAAAGGAGUUCUAUCAGAAAUAUGAUCCAAAAGAAGUGAUUGGCAGAGGUGUGAGCAGUGUGGUACGCAGAUGUAUACACAAGCAAACAGGGCAGGAAUUGGCAGUGAAGAUAAUUGAGAUCACAGCAGAGAAGAUGACUGCUCAACAACUGGAGGAAGUGAAGAGCUCCACACUAAAGGAGAUCCACAUCCUCAAAGUUGUGAGUGGACAUCCCUCCAUCAUAACCCUCAUUGAUUCAUAUGAGUCAGCAACAUUCAUAUUUCUGGUGUUUGAUCUCAUGAGAAGAGGAGAACUAUUUGACUACUUAACAGAGAAGGUCACUCUUAGUGAAAAGGAAGCAAGGAAUAUAAUGCGUGCCCUCCUCGAGGCCGUCCAGUAUCUCCACUCCGUCAACAUUGUCCACCGAGACCUGAAGCCUGAAAACAUUCUUUUAGAUGACCAGGGACACAUAAAGCUGUCUGACUUUGGCUUUUCAGUCCAACUGCAGCCUAAAGAGAAAUUAAGAGAGUUGUGUGGGACUCCCGGUUAUCUAGCUCCUGAAAUCCUGAAAUGUUCCAUGGAUGAGACUCACCCAGGAUACGGUCAAGAGGUUGACCUGUGGGCAUGUGGGGUGAUCCUGUUUACCCUUUUGGCAGGGUCCCCACCCUUUUGGCACCGUAAGCAGAUGCUGAUGCUGAGGAUGAUCAUGGAGGGACGUUACCAGUUCAGCUCUCCUGAGUGGGAUGAUAGGUCUGACACCGUCAAGGACCUGAUGACCAAACAGAAAACGGAGCAGGAGAGAAGGGUACACAAGUUGCGAUCUCGGGAGCUGAAGUUGAAGGAGAUCAUUUUGUACAUGAAGACUCAUUGGAUACCUCUCAAAGCAAUCUCCAGGUUGCUGGUGGUGGAGCCGUCUGUUCGUCUCACUGCAGAGCAGUCCCUGGCUCAUCCUUUCUUUCGCCAAUACCAAAGAGAGGAAAUGCGCCACUUUAGCCCCCGCAAGACAUUCAGGGUACUGAUCUUGACAGUGUUGGCCUGUAUUCGAGUUUACAGUCGCUAUCGCCGUGUCAGACCACUAACACGGCAGCUCCUGACCAGGGAUCCCUACUCUCUGCGAGGAGUACGCAAGCUUAUCGAUGGUUGUGCCUUCCGGAUUUAUGGCCACUGGGUGAAAAAGGGGGAGCAGCAGAAUCGAGCUGCCCUCUUCCAAAAUUCCCCCAAAAUCAUUCUCCUUGGCCUUGAAGAGGUUGUCACUUAAGUGCUGUGUUACUGCUUUAAAGAUAUUUUAUUCAAAAGUUGAUAUAAACUGUUAUUUUUAUCUUGUAAUUUUAACUUUGUUGUUGUGGAUUUGUGUUAACUGCCUGCUUUCUGUUUGCGUGUGAAAAUUGUGUGAAUGUGUAAGAGUACCACCGACCCUCAGCUCUGUGCUCAAGCUCCGCAUCACAUCACUAAGCCAACUCUAUUGCAGGUUUCAGCAUAGAUCCACUUCAGUCCUUUAAUGCAGCAUAUAUUUAUCAUCAAUUACUAUACAAAAAUGAACAAAUAAAGAAGAAAGAAGAUUCAAGUGUGGUAUUUUAUUUAAUUAUAGGUCCCACUGACUGAUAAAUAUAAUUUAUUCUGCAAAAGCCAUUCUUGCAGCUUUUAGGAAGGAAUUUAUCCUGAAUCAAUUCAGUGAAUAUCCAGUUGCCUGAUUGAAUUAUAUAUACAAAAUUUUAUACAUGAAAGUUGUCUUGGGUAAGUAAAUAAAUAUGAAUGGGGAUUAAUAUUCAUUCUCAUAGUUGGGAUCUUUGGGUUUUUAAUCAUAAUGUAUGAACUUCAUUAUGAUAUUAUUGCAAAGUAUUCCUCAAUGAAAGCGCUCGUGUUCAUCAUUUGUAUAUAUUCAAACUGUCUAGCUGACUAGCUACCCAGGUGUUUGCUCACUGUGUGAAUAACCAGAGUGGGAAUUAUGUUGCUUCUGCAUUUUUCUAAAAUUGUAGUAAGUAGCUGGGCACGACGCAUGAUGAAGCUUUAUUGUAAUCCAAUGCCUGAUGCUUUCAUUUCUUUUCAUCAGCAGUUGGAACGUAAAGUGGUAAAUAUCAUGAGUUUUCGUAUGUUUCAUAUACAGUUCCCACCCAGGCACUUUCUGGGAUCCCUUUCUCAUCUGUAACCCUCUGCUUUUCUCUUGUCUGAAUAAAGUGAAAAAUACAUAAGGA